AUAUGGGGGACAAACUGUGGCUUCCGUGCUUCUGUCUGAAAUUGUGGUUUCUUUGCGUGUUAUGUAGGUCAUUCACUUCAGUGGACAUGCUCAUCACCAACCGGGUCCUCCUUUCAGUCCCCCACCAGAUCUGAACGAGUGGGCUGCCUGCUGUUGCAGAGAGGCAUGCCUCGCCUCACUCUGCCAGCGCUCCUCUCUCUGUGCUCCAAAGUCGGGGUGUUAAUGGGAACUAACUGGGAAGUGUGAGGUGGGAGAUGUUGGCUGUUUUCAGUACGCUGGAUAGCGCCCCGGGAAGUUGGAGAGGACGCGCGGGCGCGCCGGGAUUUUAGCUGAAUUUAAUUCGGGAGUCUGCUGGAGGCAUGAGCGGCGGCUGAUGAUGGCUGGGUUUAGGUGCUCGUGUGCAGCCCACAGGCGCGGGUAACCUGGGAGGGAUUUUUGAAAACUCUCCUUCCUCCACAGUGAGACAUGGACUUUGCUGACGUUCUCUUCGCUCUGUUCAUCGUCGUGGUCGCGGUCGUGUCGCUGCUGUCAAACUUGCUGGUGCUGCUAUGUUUCGUCCAGAGCACCGAGAUCCGCCGGCAGGUGCCCGGCGUCUUCACCAUGAACCUGUCCUUCUGCAACAUCCUCAUCACGGUGCUCAACAUGCCGGCCACCCUGCUGGGGGUCGUCAGGAACCAGAAGCCCUUCGGGGACUGCGUGUGCCACACGGUGAGCUUCCUGGAGACUUUCCUGACUGCAAACACCAUGCUGAGCAUGGCGGCGCUCAGCAUCGACCGCUGGAUCGCGGUGGUGUUCCCGCUCAGCUACGCCACCAAGAUGCGCUACAAGGACGCGGUGAUCAUGGUGGGUUACUCCUGGCUGCACUCCUUCACCUUCUCCCUCACGGCGCUGCUCUUCUCCUGGGUGGACUACAGCGACGCGUACGCGUCCUGCACCCUGCAGCCGAGCGGCGGAGGCGGCGACAGAGUUAAGUUCUCGAUUUUCACCGUGGUUUUCCACGCCACCAGCUUCGUGCUGUCGCUGCUCAUCCUGUGCUUCACCUACCUAAAAGUGCUGAAAGUGGCCAGGUUUCAUUGCAAGAGGAUCGACAUCAUCACCAUGCAGACUCUCUUUCUGUUGGUCGAUAUUCAUCCGAGCGUCAAACAACGAUGUUUAGCUGAGCAGAAGAGGCGAAAGCAGCGAGCCACGAAGAAGAUCAGCAUCUUCAUCGGCUCAUUUAUCAUCUGCUUUGCUCCUUAUGUAAUUACAAGGCUGGCCGAGCUUCUCCCCUUCGUAGACGUCAACCGCCACUGGGGGAUCAUCAGUAAGUGCCUGACGUACAGCAAGGCUGCGUCCGACCCGUUCGCCUACUCGCUGCUGCGCCAGCAGUACAGGAAGGUCCUGGUCACGGUUGCCAACAAGCUGCUGCGCCGAGACCUUUACCCCUCGUCGGGCCACAACAGCUCUUUGGACACGGAGAACGACUACUGCCUUCAGAGGAUCAGCUAGUGGUGAAACGUGACAGAUACUCUCCACCGGAGCGAGUGGGCCCCAAAUGAAGGUUGGCUCACGAAGAGGAGGUGGGCGGCUGGAGGAGACGGAGACUGCAGGGUAUUGUUAGGGAGGAGGGGGACAGAUUGUGGGUGGAGGGCAAAGAAGGAGCAAAAAAAAAGAAAGGAAGUGGGUGGAGAGGAAUGGAGAGGGAAGAUGGAGAGGAAGGAUGGACGGGUAGAGAUACGAAGCAGCGACAGGUGAUGUAGGGGAGACCAGCGACUACAUCAUUGGUUUUGGUAAACGGCUGGGUUUGUGAUUCAUCAGCCGCAACAUACCACACAGAAACAAACCAAUCCCCCCCUCAGCUGAAAGUCAAGGAUUCAGGUUGUUUCAAACUGAAAAACAACAAGAAACUGCAAUCACAGACAUGUAAGAAGUAGCCUUUCAGUGCUUUUUGUUGCCUCUGGAAACCUUCAGAGAACGGACGCGGUGCGAUGGGCGCCCAGCUCGCCUCUGCUAGAAAGCUCCACAGCGUCCGGUCAGCCUCUGAAUACGUGAUGCACUUUGUCUGAGGACAUUCCCUACAAACGUCUGUGGUUACAGGAGGCAGAAACCGGUAGCUUUUUUGCAGGAUGAGCCUGGUGAUAUUUUAUAUUUUUGUUACUGUCAACAAGCUCCACGAGAAGGUAAAAAUAUAAAAGGUGUCACUUUGUCUCUCGGUACUUUGUAGUUUCCACACAGCCGGUUUAUUCUGGGCCGCAUCAGAGCGGCUGAAGACCAACAGGGAGAACAAAAGGGGAGAAAUUUUGGUGUCCGACCAGAAUUGAAGCAAAAACAGUUCAGUUUAUUGAUAAGUAGAAACACUAAUCUACCUCUGGAGUCCUGAAAGCCCAAUCUUAGGGCCGGCAACUGUUGUGUAAAAAUUGUGACUCCGUUUCUCUCUCUCUCUUUUUUUUUUUUUUACUUUUUUGUUGCCUUCUCUGCGGUUUUCAGUGCUCAGCUCUGCCACAAAAUGAGAACUUUAACAUUUAACUGGGGCCUGAUGCAUCAAAGUUGCAAUAGGUCUGUAACAUUCAUUGUGUGUGAAGCACAAAGUAAGAAUUUUAUAUAUUUCUCAUCUGGUUUUCAAAGCCUGUCUUUGGAUCUCAUUCAUUAAUCUAAACCAUCAUGACAAAAUAUUCUCUUUUUUUUUAUUUACACUUUGUCACAGUGUUAAACAAUCUUCAGUGUUUUUUUAAUUGGGGAUGUAUGUGACGGACCAACACAGCAGAGCGCAUCCCUUUAAGGGGGAAGGAAAAGGAUCUGCCUUUUUCAAAGGUUUAUAUACAUGUAAACAUUUUAAAAGCGGGGCCUGUAUCAGUAUUCAGUCGUCUGAGCCCAUACGUUGUUGAACCUCCUUCACUGACAUCACAGCUGCUCCUCUUACAGGUUUUAUUUCAGGAAAGCUCCACCCGUUGUACCAUGAUGCUGCAGCCAUGUUUCGCUGUCGCGGUGGUGGGGUCAGAUUUCUGGAGUUUAGAACUGACGGCUGUCUUGUCAACAGCUUCUCACAUACGAGCUGUGGAUCUCUGCAGCUCCCCCAAAGAAACCAUGGCUGCCUGGCUGCUUCUCUGACUACCCGUCACUUUAGGUGGACAGCCACGUCUUUGUAUGUUUGCAGCUGUCCCAUACCGUUUCUUGUUUUCACAUUGAAUUAAAAUGUUCCAUUUUAUUUAUAUAGUGCCGGUAGUCUUAGAAGUAGACAGGGUGUCUGGCUCACGGACCAAAACUGGGAGUUGGUGGAUUAAACCGUGCUCUGCGAGAUGUCCGAUUCAGUUUGAGUCAAUUUUAUUUAUACAGCACCAAUUCACAGCCCACAUCAUCUCAGGGCACUUUGAAAAGCGAAUUCUAUUACUUUAUACAGACAGAUUGGUUAAAAAGUCUCCAUCUAAGGAUGUGGGAUAUUGUCUUAUCUCCCAACCCUGCUUUAAACGUCACCACAACGUUCUCCCUGACCUCCCUGCUGUGUUCUGAUUGGUUGACUUCUAAAGAGAUAAUUGGCUACACUGGCCUUUCAUUCAGGGGUAUGAAAAAAUGCGCACCACACUUUUCAGAUUUAAUUCAUGAAGAAAAAAAUUAAAACCAUGUAUUCCUUUCCUUCCACUUCACAGUAAUGUAUGAGUUUAAGUUGUUCUAUAAGAUAAAAUAAUAGAUAAAAAAAACUAACUAAAAACCCAGAAAGAACAAUGAAGUUUCUGGUUUAGCGUUGCAAAGCCCUGAGAAUGUUUCCACCUGACCUGUAUUCUUGUCUCUAAUCAUGUUGGUGCUCUCCCUCUCAUGGUAAAUUGCUGUUUGCUCAACAACUUAGACAUGACAGUGAAAGCAACAGCAAGAAGAUCUGCGAAAUUACUAAUAUUAACAGCCAUGGGGUAAGCAGGGAACACCAAAUCUGGUGUAAUUUGCUGCGCUUAGUCAUUUCUGAACAUUGACCAUAAAACAGCACGAGAAUGAACAAAAUUAAGGCGCGAGGAGGAGCUGAAGUCCAAAAAAAGUUUGACAACAUACUGAAACAUCUUGAAAUUACCUCAUUUUAUUACUUGUGUUCUGGAUUUAGUUUGAGAUUUAAACAGAUUUCUUCCACUUUAACUUGAUCUCCACAGAUCGUCUGCUCAUUAAGUGACGGACACACAAUGCAGGGACCUUCUCAUUGCACCUGGCUGGUGUCUACAGCCUACAUACUGUAAAGGCCGACUUUGUUUAGAGUAAAUCCACUUUCAAAAGGCACUCUUCGCAUGUAUUAAGGAUGCACAUUUUUUCUUUGCAGUAGCUCAAUCAAACAGGAAAAUCCCGUAUUUCAUUUGGACAACACCCAUUCAAAUUGGGGGGAAAAAAUUACAAUUGUGCCACCCCCAUGACUUCCUAUAAAAAUGUGAUUGAUGCAUUUUCUAGUUUUUAUUUAAAUCGAUCAGCGCGUCUCGGAGCCUUUAAUUCAUCGGCCAUGACUUUCUGUGUACCUUGGUUGCUAGCGUGCGAUUAUUCGUAGCUAUUCUUCCAGAGGGGAAAGACAAUAGAACAUGCCAUUGAAGUAAAGCAGAUCUUUUCAUAGACUUCAGGGGAAAUGGCUACAAGAAAAUACUGUAUAUAGUCACCCACUCUUAUAUCUACAGUCAGGGCACUUACUAAAAUGUUGAAAACAACUGGAAGUGUGACAAAUGAAGCUGGAAGAGGACCUAUGUUUAUCUCGGCAACUCCACAGUAAGGAGGAUGGAAAAGGAGGUAAAAAAAAAAAUCACUGCAGCAAAAGAGGGACAUCUUGAAGUUCCUUAAUCUCUAAAACAACAAACUUUUUAUCAGGAUUUCUAGUAAUUUGGGUGGAGCUCUAUAAAUCAUAAAGGAUGUUUUUUUUACUAUUCAUCCUUUUGUCUUCAGUUCAGGUUGUUCAGAGGGACCUGGUGUCCUUCAGACGUAGACUCCAAUGUACUCCAGGGUAUUUUACCCUCACCAUGCUUUAAAACCCGUUGUUCUGUGAAGACCUAAGUGUUAUAUGUUAUUAUUAAGGAUCUUUUUUGGGACCCAAAUGAGACAUUAAUUUUAAAUUUAUUGCCCUCGCACAGUUUGUUUAGGUGAUGCAGCAGCCAGCGAGGGAGUACGUCGACUUCUGAGGGAAAUUGGGCGCACUGGAUUUUAUUGAUGAAACCAGAGUACACAGGGGUGGAAAUCAAACUUUUACCUCACUUUUCAUAUUUGAAAUUGUAAAAUAUUUAGCCAUGUGUCAUUUCCCCUUCCUCUCCACAGUUAGGCACCACAUUGUCUUGGUCUGUUGCAUAAAAUCUUAAUAAAAUACAUUGAAGUUUGACGCUGUAACGUGACAAAAUGUGAAGGUUUUGACUGUGUUCCCCAGGAGCUUGUAUAGGUUCCCCAACACCUCAGAGCCUCAAAGAACGACCAAUCAGGUUGACUCGUCCGUCUCCGAACAGACGUGAAAGUGUUCGGUAGUUUUGGAAGGCGGGGUGAAAGGGAUGUAGUGAAAACCCGUCACCAAAUUAAACUCGCUCGCUGACGCACUAGGACUUAGCUGCUUUUUCAUGGGCUUUGUUGACCUGGGAGUAGCUCCUGCACAUCACCAGACUCACCCUUCAAAUGGUCGGUUAGCAGCUGAAUGUACUAGUUAGCCCACGUCGAACUGAGAUGUAUUUGUACAAACAGCCUCUGUUUUUUUUUUUUUUUUUGUAAGUUGACCGGUUCCUACGGACAUCGACGCAAGCUGAGUGUUCUGACGUGUUUUGCACCGUGCUGUACAGGAGCAGCUUUUUUUUGUCUAGACUGUCGAGGACAGACUCGAUGUAGCACAGCCAUGGUCUCUAAGUGCUUUAAAUUACACUGUCCGGUGUUUGUGCCAAGUUUAUAUGACUAUGUGACUUUUUUCAGCCACUGUUACACUUUUACGACAGCUGCUUCGGAUAGGGGGAACCGGUUUAUUUAGAUGUGUUUCACCCACAUGAGUCUAUUCCCCUCCUGUGAGCCACUUGCUGUUCUAUGAUGGAGUGAUUGUUGGACUAUGUGCAAUAAAAGCUGCUGAUUAUAAAGCUCUCA